AGCUGUGAUCUGUCAGUUGUCAUUUUUUGCUGUUCUCCAGCGUGUGUUGCGAAUUUCCUUACCUUUAAAUUUCAAGAAAGUUCUAUAUUAUCAAGACUAAUAAUGAAUAAUAAAUAAUCAUUAUUCAUCAUGUAGCAGAAAUUACACAACUUGAAAAGGAUUAUUCUUCGUUGAAAAACUGUACUUUAUGAGUCGCCUCCAUGUGUAAGUCUUCAAAAAUGGUUUCUAGCAGUACGAGGGUGAUACAGGUCACCAAUAUUGCGCCCCAAGCUACCAAAGACCAAAUGCAAACGUUGUUUGGGUACUUGGGGAAGAUUGAUGACAUUCGAUUGUAUCCCACGAUUAGGGACGUGUCUUGUCCGGUGCAGUCCCGAAUAUGUUACGUGAAGUACUACGAUGCGGCGACGGUAAAUGUCGCCCAGCACAUGACAAACACGGUGUUCAUAGAUCGUGCAUUAAUCGUCAUACCUAUGCAAUCUGGUGAAAUUCCAGACGAACAUAAAGCGCUAGAAAUGUCCAGUAAUGGCACUUUAGUGCCGGGUUUUAACACGGUUGAGCCGCGUCUGCCAGCUCACGUUGUUAAUUCUUUGGAGGGAAUGCCGCCAAAUCAAGUCAUACAAACAUAUGACCCUAAAAUGGCGGCAGCUGGUUUGCCGCCCUACCCGCCUAUCCCAGCUGCAUAUGAUUCACGCAAGAUAGAGGAGAUCCGAAGAACGUUGUUAGUAAUAAAUGUGGGUGAACUGACUCAUCAGCAGUUGGUUGAUCACUUCUGUCAGGCUGGGGAAGUAGCAUACCUGCGCUUUUGUGAACGGGAUGCAGAUAAACUCAAGUAUGCGUUGGUUGAAAUGACUGAACAAGAAAGUGUAUUGAAAGCUUUACAGUUAAAUGAUACCACGGUAGAGGGACAAACAAUAAAGGUACAUCAUGCAACCCAAGCUAUAUGCAAACCUCAAGCAAAGAGUAAUGAAGCUGCCCAACGUGAGAUUGAAGAAGCAAUGUGCAGGGUGAAAGAAGCACAGAAUUUAAUCUCUGCAGCAAUUGACCCAGUUAUUGGACUGUUAUCUAAGGACAAACGGAGGACUCGCUCCCGCUCUCGCUCGCGGCGCCGCUCCCGCUCGCGCCACCGCGCCAAGCGCUCACGCUCGCGGUCUAGACAUCGCUCGAGGAGGUCUAGAUCUAGGAACCGACACCGUUCUAGGUCUCGCUCUCGCCACCGCAGUUCUAGACGUUCUAGAUCUAGGUCACGUCACCGCACUUCAAGAUCCAAACGUGAUAAAUCCCGCGACCGUGACCGCGAUCGCGAUCGUGACCGCGACCGUGACCGUGACCGUGAUCGCAAAGAUAAGAAAGACUCUGAGAAGGAAAAAGAAAAACGGGAAAAAUCCAAGUCACCACCCAAAGAAGAGAAACAAGAAUCGAAAGUUGAAAUUGUGGAAUCCGAGACUAAUGGAGUCAAUUCCGAGACUAAAUCUAAAGCAUCUUCACCAACGGAAGAGAAAGAGAAGGUAGAACCGGAGAAAGAAAAGGGAAAAGAAGUGAAGGAGAGAACGCCCAUAAAGAAGAAGGAGCGGUCACGUUCCAGGGAAAGGGACAGGGAUAGGAAACGAGAUCGAUCGCGCUCCAAACGACGGUCCAGAUCCAAAUCCAAAUCUAGAAAGAAGCGAUCCAGGUCUAGGCGGAGAUCACGCUCUAAAGACCGAAAAAGGUCUCGCUCUAGAGAAAGAAAAAGGUCUAGGUCACGCAAACGGACUCGAUCCAGAGACAGGAAGAGGUCCCGAUCUAGAGACAGGAAACGGUCCAGAUCUAGAGACAGGAAACGGUCCAGAUCCAGAGACAGAAAAAGAACUUCGUCAAGAGAAAGAAAGCGAUCGCGGUCUAGAAGCCGCAGAUCGAAAAGUCGGUCUAUCAGAGACUCGAAGACGCCUCACGACAGGAAGUCGCGCGAUAUAACUCCAGCCCUUCCCCCGGUUGUUGAGGAGAAAAAUACUUCCAUUGUUGAAAAUACGUCCCCUGAAUUAGGAGAUGAAAAGAAUUCUCCAGACAACAUGGAUAUUUCCAAUUCGCCCUAGAUUAAACAAGUUACCGACGUUCAUGAAAUAGUUCAACAAGUUAUUUUUUUAAUGUGCUGUUUGUAUAAUUUGCCUUAUUGUUCUCAUUUUGCAUAACUAGUGUUUUUCGCAUAGUGUAAUUAAGUAAUAAAUCAAUUUAAUAAUA